AUGGCCAAAGCUCUCAAGCUGGCAUUUUCUAUUCCUUCGAAGCUUGUUUCUGUUGGAAGCACUAAAGCUCUGGCUAUUCAGAAUACGGCGAAACUGUGCCGAUAUUUUACAUCAUCGUCAAGGACACCAGGCACGCUGGCGUCGUCCGUGUUGACGAAGACGCCGCUGCACACGCAAAGAUGUGGCUGUGUUGUGUGUCGAGGGAACAGUAUUGCACGCUAUAGCACAGAGGUUGAUAGUGAAAUUUCCAAGUUCUUGGAGAAGGAAAUUAAAUAUGAGACCUCAAAAUCAAGCGACAAAUUACCCAAGAUUUCUGGCUUUGACAUUCAAACGGACGGAGCAGAUGUUACAUUAACAAAAACCAGUGGCUCAGAAAAGGUUGUUGUGAAACUGAGCAUAAAUGGUGCUGUAGACUCUGCCCCCACUCAGGAUCCACAAGGCAAGCAAGAAGAAAACCCUCAGAUUGUCUGCAGACCUCCAUUUGAGGUGGAGAUUACCAAAGGAAGCACAGUAUUAGCCCUUCAGUGCAACUUCCCUUCUCCUGAUGCUGUUUAUGAGGAAGGAAGUCAAAAAGAAGGCGAACAGAUUGACGACCAGUUUGAAAUUGAAGAAGUUGCAAUUCAUAGCGGAGAGUGGAAAGACACAACUUACUCUGUUUCUGCUGCAACAAUGGAUGCUGAGCUGUUUGAUCUGUUGAUGGACAUGCUUGACGAGCGAGGAAUUAAUGACGAAUUCAUUACACAGCUGGUUAAUUUCUGCACAGUGUACGAGAACAAACAGUACAUCAACUUUCUCCAGAGCUUGAAAGCCUUCGCUGAAAAAUAA